AUGCGAAUCAACAGAUCCAGGCAAUACUACAGGGAGGAGUCAUCCGAAGACGAAUCCGCAGAGGAGAUGGAGGUAAUUCUCACCACCACCACAGACGCCAGAAAGGAUGGCCAGCAGGAUGCCAAUGACGAAACUGCAUAUGUGGCCCCAGGAAGUAUCUGUGAGGUUCAUAACCUCUACCAAACCAAGCGCGAUGAAAAUGGUCGCACCUCAUGGACCAAGGAGAAGCCCGGAGACCUCCAUACCCCGGCUGAAGACUCUGAAUCGGCGCAGUACGCCCUGCUUGUGCGCCACGUCAAAUGUUAUGACGGACGCAAGCCCCUCAAGAUUCAUUCCAUCAUCGUUCAGAGUGACAGGCUGAGAAAGUGCCUUGGAAAAGUGUUGUGUGGCUAUCCGAGUAUCACCAUGACACUGGAGCGCGUGGAAUUCCGAAGUCCCUUCGAGCCUUUCGUCCAUCGCUGGAAGGAAUUUACCGAUGCACGGGAUCAAGAGGGAGAUUCCGAGGCUAGGGCUCAUUUAGAUCUUCUUCACACUACUCUGGAGGGAGAGCUUCGCGAUACAAUCGCUCGGAAGAAUGAUCUAGUGUUCAAUGGAGUGGUCACACACGAUCUGCUCUGGACUAUAUUUGAGCCUCAUGAUGACAUUUUCAGCACAGUCAACGGUCGUCCUCGUGCAUUCCAGUACAAUGAAGGGUCCGUCGAUGGCCGGACCGGCGCAUUCCAGAUCGAUUGCCAAUACGUCGAUUUGGACGGGGACCAUUUCGGCUUUCGGCAUCACCAAGUCGCAAUCCCCGCGUUCACAGGAACUGUUCGCAUCACAGAACUACCCGUAUUUCCUCUACGCUAUCAUCAGAAUAAUACGACCAUCAGGGAUGCUCUGAUUGCGCGCGGGAAGCUCUGGGAGCAAUACAAGGGGUAUCAUUUUAAAUACUACGAGGGCCUCGCCACGGGGCGCUUCAUGGCGCGGAGCUUCAAAUUCAACAUUAAGAGCCGUAUCAUCAUCGAUACUGAUGCCUUCAACACGUUCAAUCCCGACGGAUCCAUUUCAGUUUACUCGCGGCUCGGAAAGGAGCUCACGGAUCACCAACGGCUGCUCGCCACUUGCAUGCUUCAAGGGUACUCGCUCAAGGACAAGCGAUGGCUCGAGUUUGAUCUGAGUAAUGUGAAGGACAUUGUGUGGGACUCGCAAGCUUUCGAUUCGCUGGUGCUUCCUGAAAACCAACAGCAUCUCAAGCAGCUGAUUCUCGCUCUUACCAAGGCGCAGUCCAAGCAAGCGGAUGCCUUUGACGACGUGGUGCAGGGCAAGGGUCGCGGGAUCAUCAUGCAGCUUAGUGGCCCCCCGGGCGUGGGUAAGACCCUCACCGCGGAAAGCGUGGCCGAAGUGAUGCAAGCACCACUGUACGUGAUGAGCGCCGGCGAUCUGGGGUCAACGGCCGAGAAAGUAGAAGAUGCGCUGAAGGAUAUCUUGCGCAUGGUUCCCAAAUGGGGAGCAGUACUUCUCCUCGACGAAGCCGAUGUGUUUAUGGAAGCUCGGACCUCGUCAGAUCUGGAGAGAAAUGAACUGGUGUCUAUCUUUCUGCGCAUGUUGGAAUACUACGAGGGUAUCCUUUUCCUAACCACCAACCGCGCCGAGAACAUCGAUCCUGCCUUUGAAUCUCGCAUCCAUGUGUCGAUCGUCUAUCCGGAUCUAGAGAUAACCUCGCGCCGCCAUAUCUGGUCUCAGUUCCUGACCCGCACGGCAGGCACAGCAAAUUUUUCUGGGGAGCAGUUAGAUUCUCUGGCGGCAGUAAAACUGAACGGCAGGCAGAUCAAAAACGUGGUGAAGACCGCCCAUCUGUUGUCGUGGUCACAAGAAAAGCCUCUUGCUUAUGAACAUGUUCAAACGGUUCUUAAUCUGCGGGAUGCCCAUAAGCCAGUGUCCAACGGUGUUUGA